AUGGCGUCGGCGGUGUCGGCGGCGUGUGCAAGCGGCGUGAAAAAACGCCGUGCCUUAUCGCUGGAGACUAAGGAAUGCGUCAUUAGGGACAUGGAGAGUGGGCUGAAGAAGGCGUCGGUGGCGGCGAAAUACGGCGUUUCCGACACGACCGUGUCGACCAUCUACAAGAACAAAGACAAACUGCGGCAGCAACUGCAGCAAGAUUCGUCUUCCCUGUCACGGAAGAGAAUACGUACGUCGAAGUAUGAAGACCUGGACGCAGCGCUGUUCAGGUGGUUCCGUGAAGUUAGGGCUCAGAGCAUCCCAGUAAGUGGCCCCAUGCUCCAACAAAAGGCCAAGUCUCUCGGAGCUCUCUUAGGCCACGACGACUUCAAUCCACUUAACGGGUGGAUCCAGCGUUUCAAAGAUCGCCAUGGCAUCAGCUGCAAAGUGGUGUGCGGAGAAAGCGGCGAUGUCGACGACGAGUCUAUCGAAGUCUGGCUAAACUUGUAG